UGCUUGACCUCCCCACCGGGCCUGCCGGUCCUGGUCCCCUUUCGGUCCAUUCUGACAUUGUUUGGUGCUCCUUGUGUGUACACUAGUCGUGGCGGUUGUUGUGGCUCUUAUUCGUUGGUGAGAGAACCUCUAAUUACGCGGAUCCCCAACUGUCUAUUCUUGCUUUCCCCUUUCACUGCCACGCCUAUUGACCAGUUCACACGGGGGCACCCUAAGCACCAUCGCUCGCCAUGUCGGACAGCGGGGAGAAGGAGAUUGCGGCUCAACAAAUUGAGCAGUCCCGGGUCGACUCGACGAAAGAGGCCGAGUACUCGGACGCCAGCGUGGCCGACUCGGAGCUCGAGUGGACCGAGGAGGAGGAGCGGGCGAUCCGGCGCAAGAUCGAUCGGCACACGGUGCCGCUGGUGACGGUGCUAUACAUGCUGUGCUUCCUCGACCGCAUCAACAUCGGCAAUGCCAGCAUCCAGGGCAUGAGGGACGACCUCGACCUCGGGGGCGUGCGCCUGAACUGGGCCCUCUCCAUCUUCUAUAUCGUCUACCUCCUCGUCGAGGUGCCGAGCAACAUGAUCCUCAAGCGCUUCGGCCCGCGCUUCUACCUCCCCCUCCUCGUCUGCGGCUUCGGCUUCAUCUCGCUGUGCACCGCCUUCGUCCGGGACUUCGCCGGCCUCAUGGUCGCCCGCGUCUUCCUCGGCCUCUUCGAGGGCGGCGCGUUCCCGGGCCUGGCCUUCUUCCUCAGCUGCUUCUACAAGCGCAACGAGCUGCUCUUCCGCAUGGGCAUCUACGUCUCGGCCGCCUCCAUCGCCGGCGCCUUCGGCGGCCUCCUGGCCACCGGCCUCUCCAGGAUCCCCGAGUGGGGGGUCGCGUCGAUGCGCAUCGCCCGCUGGCGCAACAUCUUCUUCUUCGAAGGGCUCGUCACCAUCCUGGUCGGCCUGGCCGCGCCCGUCUGGAUGCCCACGACGCCCGGCGAGGCCCGGUUCCUGACGGCGCGCGAGCGCCGCAUCGCCGCCGAGCGGCUCGUCCGCGAGCACAAGGCCAACCCGGUCGGCAAGGUGACCUGGCGGGACAUCAAGCAGGCCGUCCUGUGCGUCCACAACUACACCUGCGCCCUCGGCUUCUUCCUCAUCAACAUCACCGUCCAGGGCCUCUCCGUCUUCAUGCCCACCAUCCUGCAGGACCUCGGCUGGACCGACACCAAGGCCCAGCUCUACUCGGUGCCUCCCUACGUCGCCGCCUGCCUGGUCGCCAUCGCCAUCGCCUACGCCAGCGACAAGACCCGCCAGCGCGGCGCCUGGCUCGCCGCCUUCUCCUGCAUCGCCCUCACCGGCUUCGCCAUCCUCCGCUGGGUCGAGAACCCCAAGCUCCGCUACAUGGCCCUCUACUUUGUCACCGUCGGAGCUUUCCCCGGCGGCCCUGGCUUCCUGGCCUGGGGAAUCAACAACUCGGCUGGCCCGUCGGUCCGUGCCGUGAGCUCCGGCUACAUCGUGACCUUGGGCACCAUCGGUGGCAUCGUGGCGACAUGGACCUACACGCGAUCCGACGCUCCCCGAUAUCACACCGGGCACACCAUCAACCUGUGUGGUCAGAUCGCCACCGUCGUCCUCGCCAUCUUUGGCAUCCUCUACUGCUUGUACGAAAACAGGGCGAGAGCCGCUGGAAAGAGGGACUACCGCCUCGAGGGUUUGACAGAGGAGGAGCAGGAAGCCCUUGGGAACAACCAUCCGAACUUUCGGUACUGGACCUGAGGCGGCCGUUGAGCGUUCACUCAACGGUAUGUCAACCGUUGAUGGGCCCGGGGGGGUCUGGGACAAAAUGGCCGGCCGGAUUCGAAAUGGACCGUAUGUUUCCUCCUUUACUUCUCUGUCGGA